GCAGAAGAUAGUGCGGAAGCUGUUUACUUCCUUCAAAGAGUAGUAACUCCUUUCGAUUAGGAACGUUACUUCCUCCUUUCAAUGUUAGAAGAUGUCGCAUCAAACGGGAAUAACAGCAAAUGAAGAGUUAAGAAAUUUUUUAGCUCAAUCUAAAGAUGGAAGUAUCAGAUUGAUCAAAAUUGCUAUUGAGAAUGAGCAACUAUCAUAUGCUGCAUCCAAAGAGCCAAAACAUUCAUGGGAGAGUGAUUAUGAUGAAAUGGUUCUUCCCCUUCUUGAUGACAAACUGCCAUGCUAUAUUCUCUAUCGAUUAGAUACAAAAAAUAGUAUGGGAUAUGAGUGGUUGUUCAUAGCAUGGUCUCCAGACUUUGCUCCGGUGAGACAAAAGAUGUUAUACGCUGCCACUAGAGCCACCAUGAAGUCUGAGUUUGGGGGAGGUCAGAUAAAGGAUGAGUUGUUCGGCACUGUACAGAGUGAUGUUACACUACGCGGCUACCAUAAACAUGUCCAAGCACAGCUUGCUCCAGCCCCACUCACCAUGGCAGAGGAGGAGCUGCUGUACAUAAAACAGAAUGAGCGAGAAGCUGCAAUGUCCAUGGUGAAUGCUCACAUUAAUGUAGAUACCAAAUCUCAAACUAUGCAAGGGGUGGGGUUCCCUCUGACACCAGACGCAGAAAGAGCCGUGUUGUCAUUUAGGGAUGGAGCUGUGAACUAUGUACAGCUGUGUUUGAACCUGGAGAAAGAGUUGAUUGAGGUGGCUGAGACAGACAACAUCAGGGUCAGCCAGUUGAUCUCUCAUGUACCCACAGAGAGUGCUAGAUACCAUCUUUUUAAUUUUAGCCACACCCACGAGGGGGACUCUAUGGAAAGUGUUGUGUUCAUCUACUCCAUGCCUGGCUACAAGUGUUCCAUCAAGGAGAGAAUGUUGUACUCAAGUUGCAAGUCACCUUUAGUCAGUCAACUGGCAUCUAUUGGUAUACAGAUUGAGAAGAAGCUUGAAAUUGAUGACCCAACGGAAUUAAAUGAAGAAUAUAUUUAUGACGAGAUCCAUCCAAAAAAGAACGCAGCUCGCAGAGCCUUUGACAAGCCUAAAGGCCCAGCGGGAAGGGGCCCAAAGAGGAUGACACGACCCACAGAAUAGACGCCUCCCUUUCACUGUCCUGUUAUGUUUCAUAUAUCUUCAAUACAACUAACAAUACCCAUAGGAAAGCUUGAGGCCUAUCUGUUAUUACUUUUAGAUGUGAUAUAAAUUUAUAAAACAAAUUGAAUGUAAAUAGACAGGUUUGCCUCACUAUUUUAACGUCCUUACUGUGUCAGCUAGUUGUGGUAGGUAACUGUUGAGAAGUAUUCUGUUAUUUCUAUGUUAGGCUGUUAUAACUUGACCCACUCUGAAAACUAGAGUAGGUGUAUCCAACCUUAGAGGUGGUCAGUGUCUGGUCCAAAGUGCAAUAGAAAAAAAGUUGUUACAGUUAAAAAUGGCAUAAGAUCUCCAACAUAAAUAAUGAUAAAUGCUGUUGUAUUGGCAAAAUAUUUCUAAGCAUAACGUUGACAGAGUUUGUGUACCUGAGAGCAGGUAUGACGAUUGGCUAGGCCCUCUUGUCUGUCAGUUAUUCUAAACCAACUCCGCCUUUCUGCUUUUCUUUAUUCAUUUCCUUCUUCAGGGUUUAACUGGCUUGCUGUUCUUGUGUAAAUAAAGUUAAUAAUUUAUGCUUUAGUCUCAUUAUUUUAAGCUCUUACUUUUAAAGUUUUCUUUCCUUCCAUUUAACUGGUCAUGUUAGUGACUUAGUAGUCUUAACUUUUAUAGCUGCAAGGGGUUUUCUGGGUGUUAAUCCCCUUUCAUUUAAGUCUACAUUUUCAUGUCGUUCUAAUAAAUCUUAUGUUAUAAAUUUCGUCACGUUUUAAAAGAUUUCAUCGAACAAAAAUCAGAAUGUUUUAAUUUGAUUCAACUCUGGACGACAGCUACAGUAUUAAUAGCCAUUAGACUUUAAUCCAUGUUAUUUUUUGUUUUUUUAACUAAUUUUUCCUUGUUUAAUUUCUAUGUUAACUGUCAUUUCCUACAAGUGUUUUGCCCUUUGUGCACACAAACAUACAUACGUGAUGUUGUUGCUAUGAAUAUGUAAUUACUUCAAUUCAGAUUAAACUUCCCAGAUAGACAUAAGCUGUAGUAUGUGAUAAAUACACCAUUCCAGUUAUUUCCCUUCUUACCAGCAGGUGGAUUUAUUUUUAAAGCAACGUUAUAAAAGCUUUACUGUAAUUAAAAACAAAAAUCUCUGCAUUAGACAUUCUUGUUUUGUGAUUUUUUUUUUCACCAUGAAAACCUCAGUGUACGAAAACAUCUUGACCGUUGACAUAAUAACCCUAAUUUAAAUGCUACUAAUUCAAAUGUUGCUGAUCCACCUGUGUUCAAGUUAACUAAAAUUUUAGGAAACCUUAGGAUAUCUUGUGUUGUGGAUUUGAUAACCUAAAAUUUGUAUUAACCCUUUCAGGGCUGUCUUGUUUAUAUGUUUAAAUACAACAAUUCAAAACCUCUUGAAAUCUAGCCGACUUGUAAUGCGCAGUAACUGAAUGACAUACUUUGUGUUCUGCUUGUUUUGAUUUUCCCCUAUUUUCUUGUGCCCAACUUGUUUUUGCUAGAGACUGACUUACACAGACAGUUACUGAUUUUUUAAAUCUGUCAUUUCAACAUUCAUUAGUUGAACUGUGGUGUUCCUGAUGAUUUUGCUGUGAAAGUUCUCUAUCAACAGGACAUUUCAUCUUAACUUUCAAGUCUUAGGAUUUAAACAAAACAAUUUUUAGAAAUAUUUUUUAAAAAACUAUUUUAUGAGAAUUAUAUUAAGUACUUUUUAUACCAUGUUGAACACUAUUUACACAUAUUUUACUAUUGUUUGAGAUAUAAGAUUUUGAGAUAGCCUUUAAACAUAAAAGCCUCCGAAUAUGUUUGUGUUCACUUUUUUUAUCUAAACACCUUGACUAUGUGCAUUCUGCUCAAUGCUAAAGUAAAAUUUUUGUUCACUUGUUGUCAAAUAUAUAUGUAGAUACAAUAACAAAUAAUGAGUUAUCAAAACCAAAUUAAAAGAGAAAAUAAUGAAAUCUGAA